UUCUGCUGUGAUGCAGUGGUUACACAGCCUUUCCUCUACAGGGAGCCAGGUUCUGCUGUGAUGCAGUGGUUGUACAGCCUUUCCUCUACAGGGAGCCAGGUUCUGCUGUGGUGCAGUGGUUACACAGCCUUUCCUCUACAGGGAGACAGGUUCUGCUGUGGUGCAGUGGUUAAACAGCCUUUCCUCUACAGGGAGACAGGUUCUGCUGUGGUGCAGUGGUUGCACAGCCUUUCCUCUACAGGGAGCCAGGUUCUGCUGUGGUGCAGUGGUUGCACAGCCUUUCCUCUACAGGGAGACAGGUUCUGCUGUGAUGCAGUGGUUACACAGCCUUUCCUCUACAGGGAGCCAGGUUCUGCUGUGAUGCAGUGGUUGUACAGCCUUUCCUCUACAGGGAGCCAGGUUCUGCUGUGGUGCAGUGGUUACACAGCCUUUCCUCUACAGGGAGACAGGUUCUGCUGUGGUGCAGUGGUUACACAGCCUUUCCUCUACAGGGAGCCAGGUUCUGCUGUGGUGCAGUGGUUGCACAGCCUUUCCUCUACAGGGAGCCAGGUUCUGCUGUGGUGCAGUGGUUACACAGCCUUUCCUCUACAGGGAGCCAGGUUCUGCUGUGGUGCAGUGGUUACACAGCCUUUCCUCUACAGGGAGCCAGGUUCUGCUGUGGUGCAGUGGUUACACAGCCUUUCCUCUACAGGGAGCCAGGUUCUGCUGUGGUUGCACAGCCUUUCCUCUACAGGGAGCCAGGUUCUGCUGUGGUGCAGUGGUUACACAGCCUUUCCUCUACAGGGAGCCAGGUUCUGCUGUGGUGCAGUGGUUACACAGCCUUUCCUCUACAGGGAGCCAGGUUCUGCUGUGGUGCAGUGGUUACACAGCCUUUCCUCUACAGGGAGCCAGGUUCUGCUGUGGUUGCACAGCCUUUCCUCUACAGGGAGCCAGGUUCUGCUGUGGUGCAGUGGUUACACAGCCUUUCCUCUACAGGGAGCCAGGUUCUGCUGUGGUUGCACAGCCUUUCCUCUACAGGGAGCCAGGUUCUGCUGUGGUGCAGUGGUUACACAGCCUUUCCUCUACAGGGGGCCAGGUUCUGCUGUGGUGCAGUGGUUACACAGCCUUUCCUCUACAGGGAGCCAGGUUCUGCUGUGGUGCAGUGGUUGCACAGCCUUUCCUCUACAGGGAGCCAGGUUUUCCUGUGUCUACCCUUCUCAAUGGCAAGGCUGUGCUCCCUGAGCCUGUAUUUUGUCAAGGUUAUUCUAAGGUUUUGAUCAGUAACCAUGGCCAAAUAUUUAGCCACGGUGUACUGUCGUACUUGUGUUUCACAAUAAGUAAUGUAGUGUUGUUUUGACUGUGUUGUAAUUUGGUUUAUCCUGAUUGAUU